AAAGGCAUUGGUGAUCUUUCCAGUGUAAACACAUGGCUCUACGUGUUCUUCUGUUAUGAAUUUGUAGCUUAGGGAGACCGCAUCUUUAUAACUAUGCCAUUGUUUGUAUAAUAAAAUACUUGAAUACCUUUUAUUAAUCAACUUCAUAUAAAACCUUGAAUAAUGAAGACCUUAGUUAUUGCGACAGCUCUAAUUGCAGCCUUUUGUCAGUUGGCUGAGGGAAUUGCCGUGAUGAGUGUUGAUUUAGGUACUGAAUGGAUGAAAGUAGCCAUUGUAUCUCCGGGAGUGCCAAUGGAAAUAGCCUUGAACAAAGAGUCCAAGCGCAAGACACCUGUUUGCAUUUCCUUCCGAGAUGGUGAGAGGACAUUCGGUGAAGAUGCUCAGACAGUGGGUGUUCGUUUUCCACAAAAUAGUUACAGUUACCUGCUAGAUCUUGUGGGGAAAAAUGUAGAAAAUCCAGCUGUCAAACUUUUCCAGAAACGCUUUCCCUACUACAAUAUAAAACCGGAUCCAGACAGAGGCACAGUCGUCUUUCAGCAUGACAGUGAAACUACAUACAGUGUGGAGGAGCUGUUAGCCAUGAUCCUACACAAGGCCCGUCAGUUCGCACAGAGCUCAGCUAACCAAGCCAUCAACGAGGCAGUGAUCACAGUUCCUGGCUAUUUCAAUCAAGCUGAGAGGCGAGCUGUGCUCCAAGCUGCUCAGAUGGCUGACAUCAAAGUGCUACAGUUGAUGAAUGAUUACAUGGCCGUUGCUCUGAAUUAUGGAAUCUUCAGACGUAAAGACUUCAAUGAGACUGCCCAAUAUGUAAUGUUCUAUGACAUGGGUGCUUCAAGUACCUCAGCUACCGUGGUUAGCUAUCAAUUGGUUAAAACUAAAGAGAAAGGGAUUGUGGAGACAAAUCCUCAAGUUUCCAUUUUAGGUGUUGGCUAUGAUCGAACACUUGGAGGCUUAGAAAUGCAAAUAAGACUAAGAGAUUAUCUUGCCAAAAAGUUUAAUGAGAUGAAAAAAACAACUAAGGAUGUGUUUGAAAAUCACCGGGCGAUGGCCAAGCUGCUGAAGGAAGCUGGGAGAGUAAAGAAUGUUCUUAGUGCCAAUGUGGAUCAUUUUGCCCAGAUAGAAGGCUUGCUGGAUGAAAUCGACUUCAAGCUUCAGGUUACCAGAGAAGAAUUUGAAAAUCUUUGCUCAGAUCUUUUUGAGAGAGUAAAAAAUCCAAUACAACAAGCUCUCAAAACUUCAGGACUUACCAUGGAUAUUAUUAGUCAGGUGGUGCUGGUAGGAGCUGGCACAAGAGUGCCCAAGGUGCAGGAGAAACUAACAGCUGCUGUUCAUAUGGAGCUCAGCAAGAAUCUUAACACAGAUGAGGCUGCAUGUAUGGGAGCCGUGUACAAGGCAGCUGAUCUCUCUACGGGUUUCAAGGUCAAAAAAUUCAUCACUAAGGAUGCAGUCUUAUUUCCCAUUCAGGUAGUGUUUGAAAGGGAGUCUUCGGAGGCUAGCAGCAAGCCAGUUAAGAGGAUGCUGUUUGGGCCCAUGAACCCAUAUCCUCAGAAGAAAAUACUAACAUUCAACAAACACCAGUCUGAUUUCACAUUCACCGUGAACUACGCUGAACUGGACCACUUGCCUGCUGAUGAGAUCGAGAUGUUAGGUUCUCUGAACUUAUCAUCAGUGAGUUUAUCGGGUGUGGUGGCAGCCCUAGAGAAGCACAAGGGUACGCACACUGAGUCCAAGGGGAUCAAAGCCCACUGGACCCUGGACGAGAGUGGACUGCUGGUGCUGAACCAAGUUGAGCAAGUGCUGGAGCGAUCUGUCACUGCUGAGGAAGCGGAGGCUGAGGAAUCACCUCUCUCAAAACUGGGCAGUACCAUCAGUAAGCUGUUCACAGGUCCAGAAGAAACUUUGAAAGAAAAUUUGGAGAAACCCGUCCAUGAAGAACAAGAAGAAUCAAAGGAAUCGGACUCAACAGGAACAAAAAAAGAGGAAGAAAGCGAAGGAAACAAAUCUGCUGACAGCAGUAGUUCAGGAGAUGAGAAGAAAAACACUACCAACAAGGAAGAAGAUAAAAAGAAACCUAAGGUGGUUGUGAUUAAAGAGCCUAUUGUUGUGAACGUGUCAGAGACUGUGGUUCCUGCAAUGGGUGAGGAACACCUCCAGCAGUCUAUUGCCAAAAUUGAUGCACUGAACCAGUUUGAUGCAGAGAAGUCAAGAAGAGAAGGUGCUUUAAAUGCUCUCGAGAGCUUUGUAUUUGACGUGAAGACUAAACUGGAGGAUGAGGAAGAGUACAAAUCUGCUGCCACUCAAACUGAAUUGGAAUCAAUAACUAAACUGUAUACCGAGAUGAUGGAAUGGCUGGACGAUGAAGGCCUAACAGCAGAUGCUAACAGCUAUGAGAAAAAGCUGAGUGAACUAAAAUCACUCACUAAGCCAGUGUGGAAAAGAGUCGCUGAGGCGAAUGAGAGGCCAGAAGCCAUCGCAGCGCUCUUGGCCACUAUCAAUGGGAGCAGAAACUUCCUCACAACUAUCAAAAACAUGUCAGAGGCUCAGGUCACAGACCCUGCAGACCCACCCAUGUUCACACAGAUUGAGUUAGAUACUCUAGGAAAAGUCAUCAAUGAAACACAGGAAUGGCUUGACAAAAUAGUUGUUGAUCAAGAGAAACUAGCACCCCAUGAAACUCCAGUUCUAACUGUCAGGUCUUUGGUUGAAAAAAUGGGCACUCUUGACAGAGAGGUUAAAUAUCUCGUAAAUAAAGCAAAAAUUUGGAAGCCAAAAAUCAAGAAAGAAGAUUCAACUAAAGAUGCUACAAGCAAUAAAACAACUGAAAAAGAAAAAGAGGACAGUAAAUCAGAGAAACAGUCUGAUAAGAUCAAAAUUGAAGAAUUUAAAGAAGAAAGUGUUCUUGAAACUGAGGAACUAAGACCCUCCUCCGAAGAAAAUAUAGAAAAAGAGUCGAGUAAUUUUACUUCAAGUAAAGAGAAAGUAGAAGAUGAUAGAAAGACUGAGAAACCUGCAGAUGAUAAAGAAAAUGAGAGAAAAGAGGAAGAAGAACAUAAAAAAACAGAAACCCCAGAAGAUGUAACUCCCAAAGAACCUAGCACAACAGAAACAAAGACAGAUGAAGACAAGCACACAGAACUGUAACAAGAAGUUUGUUUAGAUCUUGUGUAUGACAAUUUAAGGAGGAUAUGUGCUGUCAAUCAAGGCUGACUACCAUCAAGUAUUAAAAAGGACACAAAUAUCCUUGUUUAUUCCGAGUGUAGUUUUUCUUUCUGUGGACUGUGUACAGUAUGUUUAUACAAUUUGUGCAACUUGCGCAUUAUUUUCAUUUUGUGGGUUUUACCACAACUAUCCCUAGUUCUUAUAAAGUUAUAUAUUCCUAACAUGAAAUAGUGCCACUACCUCAGUUCAGUGUUUGCAUUUACAGUUUUACCACAAUUUAUAGAAAGUGUUUCUGUUCAUUACAUAGUUUGUAGUAACAAACGUACAUGUUACUAUAAAUUAAAAUUCUUGUUGGUCAAAUUAAAUUAACUGUUCAUUUUACCCCUCAGAAAAGAGGUAGUUUUCUGGUUUUUAGGUUGUACUUAGUUCAUAUGGAAUGAUCAUUUACUGGUGCAUGUGAUGUAUAUUUGUUUGACAAAAUAUUAAACAUAGUGUUAUGUUUUAAGUUAUUUAAAUUGUAUAUUAAUGUUUGCUUAUCUUUCCUUACAUUUCUGUUAUGAAAUAUAAAGACCUACAGUCAUUCCACGAUUUGUUUUCUAAGUUACUCUCUACUCAUAUUUUUAUUUAUUCUUUCUACCAAUGUCAAUUUAUUUAUUAGUAAUAUUUAUGUUGUAGUAAUUUUUAUAUAGUAGUGGUUUUCAGUGAUGUCAGAAAAGGUUUUAUUUGUUUAGUGUAAUAUAAUAUGUUGCAUAAAAACACGUAUUGCAA